UGUUUUUCUUUAGAUCGAGUAGAAUGUUAAAUUCUGUGAAGUUGUUACUGUUUUUUUUUAUUUUUGACUCAUAUAAAUGUGAUUAUUCGCGUGAAAUAUAAAAGUUAUUUUGUUUCCAAUACGUGAGUUGUGUGAACGCUAUGGAGGAGUUCACUCAAAUAAAGGUAGAAGAGCUUACAAUAUCCGAAACUGUGUGUAAGGAAGGGGAAACUCCACUCGUUAGCAGCGAUCGGUGGAGCGGUGAAACGACUGUAACGAAUGUCCCGAGGGAUAAUUCAACUGAUGUGAAACAAGAACCUGUAACAGAUAGGUCUGAUGAAGCUGGAACUAUAAUAGCUUGUAACGAAAUUGCAGCCUCUUGUUCCAGUAACGGAGAAGGUUUGGAGCCGAACCAGGCUGAUAACAGUCUGAGCAAUGGUUCAGAAAAAUACAACUGUGACAUAUGCGGCAAACAGUUCAAACUAAAGAAAUCACUUCACUUCCAUCUGGGUGUUCAUCAGAGCACUGCUUUGAAUUGUAAGACUUACAACCCCGGCAUAAAGCGGCACGAGUGUAAGAUCUGUGGAGAAGGGUUUGCCAAACCGUCCCAACUCAUACGGCAUAUGACUUGUCAUACUGAAGAAAGACCUUUCAUUUGUGAUAUUUGCGGUUUAUCAUAUAAGUCAGCUAGGUGUUUGAGGCAUCACAAGAUAAAACACACCUCAGAGCGGUCGCAUGAAUGUGACAUUUGUGGAAAAAAAUUUUGGAGUUCUGAAAAGUUAAUGCAACAUCUGACUUGUCAUAGUGAAGAAAGACCUUUUAGUUGUGAUAUUUGCGGUUCCUCAUUUAAGUCAGCUAAAAGUUUAAAAGAACACAGGAAAACGCACACCUCGGAGAGCCCGUUUAAAUGCGAAAUGUGUGGACAAAGAUUUUGGGGGUCUCAAAAGUUCAUGCAACAUAUGACUUGUCAUACAAAAGAAAGUCCUUUUAGUUGUGAUAUUUGCGGUUCAACAUACAAGUCAGUUAAUAGUUUGCGAGAUCAUAAGAAAAAACACACCUCAGAGUGGCCGCAUAAAUGCGAAAUUUGCGAUAGAAAAUUUCUAGUUCGUUACUCUUUAACGCGACACAUGUCUUGUCAUACGGAUGCACGGACUUUUGGAUGCGAUGUUUGCAGUGCGUCAUAUAAGACAGUUGAAGGUUUGAAAGUCCACAAGAAAAAGCACACCUCAGAGUGUCCGUGUAAAUGCGAUAUUUGUGGGAAAAGUUUUCUAUUUCCCAAUAUACUGAGAAAACACAUGAUUUGUCACACUAACGAACGGCCCUUCAAAUGCAAUCUUUGCAGCAAAUCAUUUAAGUCAGAUCAAUAUUUGAAAAAUCAUAAAAGAGUGCACACGCGUGAGUUCACAUGUUUUAUAUGUGAAAAAGAAUUUGCUGCUCCUCGAUUACUCGAACAACACAUGUUACGUCACAAGCGAUUGUUCAAGUGUGAUAUCUGCGAUGCGGAAUUUGAAACAAAUAGUCUUCUAAACAGUCACAAGCAGAAGCCACAUUCGGAACGUCCGUACGUGUGUCCGAUCUGCGAUAGACGGUUCGCGCACAAGCGCAGUCUUCUGGAACAUGAGGCUAGUCACUUGGAAGAACGUCCGCACAAAUGCGAUAUUUGCGAAACAUCAUACAGGACGUGGAGAGCGAUACUGCUGCACAGAAAAACGACAAUGCAUCUUAAGCGAGAAUUAAUGGUGAACGAAACGUCCCGAUGACCAGAAGUAUUUUAUUAAUAAAGCGUUUGUGAGGUCCGUGGCAGACUGACGUUUGGGCAGCAGGAUCGGAUGCUAGGUACUUUCGUCCACAAAUUCGCUAAUGCCUAUACCUAUACGACCGUUCAUACGUAGAAGUCCAUCUUCGGCAAUAAAUGGACUCAGUCUGUUUAACGGACUACUCUUCGGCAACGUUUUCUUCCCUAGUAUCUUGAUAGGUUUUAUCAGCGAAUCUAUUUCAGAAGCACACACAUCUUGCACCAGUUUGAUGAUGAAGAUUUCUGCUUCCUUGAGUUCUUGAGUCAACGGUCCAGUAGUACCGUGCUGGAUCGAAACCCGUACAGUAUCGAAAUCCGUACACCUUGAUGUUUUUCUUCAGUUUUAAGCAUUAUAAAAAUGAAAAUCCAUAUGAUAGUUACAUGUACAUGUCCGUUGAGCUGUUGACCUUCUGUUAAAUGAAACUAUGCGCCAGUAGGCCAUGAAAUAAAAAUAUUAAAAAUGAAAAAUCAAUCGUGUAUCGGUUUCAGUUGUCAUUUCGUUGUAUCGUUAGAGAAUUUACUAAGGAAACGUUCUUCAGAUAAAAACGUUUUUCAAGUGGGAUAUAAGUGUUUUACUCUGUGAAUCUUUUUGAAAUUGAUGGAAAAGGUAAGUCUUUGUCAUUUUCGAACUGUAUGUUGUCUGGUAAAUAGUGUAAAUUGUAUUUAUUCAACAAAAACCGUGUCGUACGGAUUGUGAUCCUUGCUAAUUGAUUGAAUCGAAAUCCGUACAGCGUGUGUAUCAUGCC